UGGGAGGGUAAAGAUGCGACUAAACAAUUUAUUUAAACAAAUUCAGCAGCUGCCAAUGAUCCCAAUGCAUGCAUUAUUUUCCUGCCAAAAUUCUACAGGUACCAGCGAAAACCGCAUUCGAUUUCAUCAAAUAGAUCAGGAAUUGAACGAGCCAAAAUAAUUUCGUCAGUAUUUUGGACGAUUGCACGACUCCGAAAAUUUCAUUUGUGAUGGCCGCCCAUUAAGUAAAAACGUGUCCCGCUGCUGAAGACAAUUUCGGUCGUUUUUACCAGCAAAACUUAUUGAAUAUUGCUGAAAUUUUGGCAGUUGCUCCAGCAACGUACCGAGUGAUUUUUAUCAUCCAACGAUAAGGAAAAGACAAAGAGUGAGAGAGAGAGAGGAGAACAACAAGAAAGCAACAACGAAACGAAGCGGCACACGGCAACAACUGGAAAAGAAAAACAAUUUUCAAUAUAGAAAAAUGAUGAUGAACUGAAAUGUGCAAUUUUGAUGAACGUAAUUAUGCCAAUUCACAUACUUUUUUCGAUUUCAACGUGAAAAAUGUCGUCGACACAAUUGCUGCAUUCGUUGUCAUUGUUGUUGCUACCAUUGCGUUGUCGUCGUAAUUGCAAUCAGCUAAUAUCUCUGGCCAUCUUGCUGCUGUCGGCCCUGUCUGCACGAAUCGAGGAGUCCGGACAGCAGGAACAGCAGUCGGAGGAGGCGGAGCAGGAGGCGGCGGCGGCGGCAGAGGCGGAGGAGGAGGUGGACGAGGACGAUAACGAUACGCCCUAUAUAGCAACAAAGGUUGCUCUCAAGCGGCGUUCAUUGAUCAUCAACCCAAUUCCGAUUCCGAUCCCAAACCCACAUCCACACUCACACCUAUACCCACACGCGAAUCUACAUCCAAAUCCACACCAAAUCCCAACAAGUGGCAGAACGUUUGCCAAGGGAACGGGCACAGGGGCUGCGUUAACCAGCUGGCACAGCAGCCACAGCCACCGCAGCCCCGGUGCUAAGUCGUCGGAGGAGGCGGAGGAGCAGCUGGCCCGACUGUUUGCCAGCAGAAUCAUCGUACUGCAUCUAGCCUGUUCAUCCCUGCUGUUGCAUACGCUUGGGACUAGCAGCAUAUCUCCUCCAUCCAUAGCCAGGUUGCCAGAGAGAACAACCGCCACACCAAUAGCAAAAGCAACAGCAGAAGCAGCAACAACGAAACGCUUAGCAGCAGCAGCGGUAACGCAUCGGAGUAAGAUCCUCGAGAGCGGCGGCAGUAGCAGUAGCAGCACAAAUCCCUUGACGCCGGUGGCCGGAACAGCCGUCAGCAGAAGGGUAGCAGCUCCCGCAGCUGUAGCAGCAGGAGGAGCAUCCAUAGCAACUUAAGCAGCCAAUUCCACUUAACCAACCAUAAAACAGAUACAAAAACAAAACAUAAGAAAUAUACAAAAACAGCAACAGCUAAAACGUUCCACAUACUCCAUAUACACCACUCACAUACAAACAAACAAACAACAGCAAACAAAAAAGUCAAAAUGUCGAAGCUAUCGUUCAGAGCACGCCAUCUGGAUCCGUCCAAGCAGAUGCCCAUCUACUUGGCCGAGGAGCUGCCCGAUCUGCCCGAGUAUUCAGCCAUAAACCGUGCCGUGCCCCAAAUGCCCAGCGGCAUGGAGAAGGAGGAAGAGUCGGAACAUCAUCUGCAGCGGGCAAUCUGCACGGGCCUCAUCAUCCCCACACCCGAGGUACUGCAGACGGACCAGCCCUUCUACGACACCUACUAUCCGCCGGACUACAAGAUGCCCCGCCAAAUGAUUCACAUGCAACCUCUUGGCCUGGACACUGAGGUGCCCGACUACGAUAUGGACAAAGCGGACAUGGAAUGGCUGAACCAGCAGGAGCGCCUGGAGCUGACGGAGCUGAAGUUUGAACAAUUGAUGGAUUUGCUGGAGAAGAGCUCGGGUCAAACGGUCGUCACACUCAACGAGGCCAAGUCUCUGCUCAAUCAGGAUGACGAGACGAGUAUAUCCCUCUACGAUUACUGGCUCAACAAGCGCCUCAAGAUGCAACAUCCGCUGAUACUUACUGUGAAGACAGAGAGUCGUCCUGGUGCCAGCUCCAAUAAUCCGUAUUUGGCCUUUCGUCGGCGCACUGAGAAAAUGCAAACGCGCAAGAAUCGCAAGAACGAUGAGGCCUCCUACGAGAAGAUGCUCAAGCUGCGACGCGACCUGCAGCGCGCCACAACUAUACUGGAGAUGGUGCGGCGACGCGAGGAGACGAAGCGCGAACAACUCAAGACGACGGUGAAUAUCUUUGAGAAGCGCGUCGAGAUGCGCGACUUCAAUGGUGCUGUCUACUCCGAGCUGAAUGCUCAAUACAAGAGCACGAGACCCGCGUAUAAUUCAGUGUAUGCGAAUCAAUACUCACAAGGGGCGCCGGCCGCGGUUGGAACAGCGGGCGCCAUUCUGGCUUCCCUGCCCCCGGGUCUGCUGUCAAGUGGAGGAGCAGCGGGCAAUACGAAUGUGUAUGCCUCGCCGUCUCAGUACCUGAACACGUCGACAAUGGACACCAUCCACUCGGGCAGCGGCAACGGCAACGGCAGCAGCAGUCGCAAGGAGAAGCGUCCGUACAGGAAGCGCAAACACAAACUUCCCCGCGACAAGCAGCAGAAUCAGCACCAGCAACUGCAACAGCAACAACAGCAGCAGCAGCAAACUCAACAGUAUUUGCCAGGGCAGUCGUCGGGAUCUGGAGCAUCGCCUGCCCACCAUUUGCCACAUCAUCUGCAUAACAGGCAGCAGAGUGCCUCGCCGGCGGCAAACGAUUCGAUUCUGGACAGCGAGGAGGACGACUAUCUAAAUGGUGGCCUCAAUGGCAACCAGCUGGGCUCCGAGAGCGAGGAUGAGGCACCGUUUGCAUUUCGACGGAAGCCAAGCUGUAUUUACCUGCCCACACGGCAUCGAAAUGGACGCUGGCCCUAUGAUUCGGCAGAUGAGGAGACGGAAACGAGCAGAUCGGGACCAUAUUCGGAUCCCAAAUAUCGCUACACGCUGACCUCCAUCAACUAUCCCAGGCCGCGUUGCAUUGGCUUUGCCCGCCGUCGUGUGGGCCGUGGCGGAAGGAUACUGCUCGAUCGGGCCAUAACGAACUUUGACGAUGUCUGGUCGCAGUUGGAUUACACGGUCAUGGAGAGUGUCGUAAAGAGCAACAACGCCCAAAGGAGAAACAACCAACUGAAGCCGGACCUGCUGCCGGUGGCCAAACCCUGCUCCCCGCCCACUGUUGUUGAUCUUGUUGUUGCGCCCGCAUCCAAACCCAUGGACACCGAUGAGACGUCGUCGUUGCCGCUCGACAUUGUCAAAUCGGAGCCCACCAGUCAUCAGGCGGAUAAACCCAUCGCCAGCACCGGGUCGUUGGGUGAUUUAAUGCUACCCCUGCCUCAGGACAAAGAUUUGGACGAGGUGCUGGAGCUCGAGCCCGAUGGGGAGGAAGAUGACCUGGCCACCGAUGACGAGAAUGUCUCGCGGCUGAGUUUCUACAGUUCGGCAGUGACGUUGUCCCAGAACUCGCACGACAUGCGCCUAAAACGGCGUCGCCUGCGCCACAAGAAACAGCAGAUGCGGGAGCUCAAUGCGGCCAAGCGACUGAAGAGGUCGUCGGAGGCAGCAACUGGAGGACAAGCAGCAGAAGCAGCUGGGGAGGAAGAUUCUCUCGCUGCCUCGCUGGGUCCUUUGCCCAGGGCGUACCUGCAGCGUCUGGUGCUGGCCUUGGGGCAGAAACUCAAGCAGGAGGUGGAAAUGGAAGUAUGCGAGAAUUUGGCGCCGCAAGAGGAAAAAAGCAGUGCGGCUGAGGAGGUGCAGCAGCCUCCUCCUGCGCGAGCCAAUCAUCAGCAGCACCACCACCGUUCCAAUAACAACAACAACACCGUGUUGAACAACAACAACAGUAGCAGUAGUAGUAGUAGUAAUAUGAAUAAGGAUGUUAGCAUAAGCGAAAAAAUCAAUGUGAUAAAGCUGGAGGCAGAGGCGAACGAUAACGUUGGGCAAGAGCAAGAGCAACCGGUUGCCUCCACCUCAGCGGCGGCGGCAGCAGCACGAGCCGUUGAAGCAGCCGCUGCAGCGGAAGCAGCAUCAUCGGGAGCAGGAGCAUCCAUGCUCGGACUUUCAAUGGAGGAUGCGGCCAAGACGAUAAAGCGGGAGCUAAUCGAUGCCGACGACUCCAACGAGCCGCUGAGCAGCAUACGCACCGCAACGGCAGCUGUCACUGUACUCCAGACCACCUCCGAUCCCGAACUGAUGGACGAUGAGGCCGAGGACGAUGUCAAUCUCGCCCAGCUGAGCAGCAUCAUCCGCCAUACGGCUGUCAAGAAGGAGCUGGAGGCCCAGCAGCAGCAACAGCAACUGCAGCAGCAAGAGCAGAGGGGAUGCCCUCAGCAGGAGCUGAAGGAGGAGACCGUCUGCUUGAAUCAGCUGCCCGAUGUGAUUCGGUUGCAGAAUCUGCGCAACAGCCAAAUGUACUCGAAGCCCAGGGACCUGUAUAUCGAUGCCCCGGCAGAGGAACUAGACGUGAAUUACCUGGGCGGACUCUCGCCCACCUCCAGUCAGCGUCUUGACAUUUGCAACGAACUCCUCUCCGAAAUCAGACGCGACUGGCUGCACUUUCGUCCCAAGACGCCCACGGACGAGCUCUCCGACAGCAACGAUGGCGAUAGCAAGCUCUGCAGCGGACUUUCUGGUGUCCAUGCGGUGGACUGGACCCAGGAUACGCCUAUCAGCGUGGAGCUGAAUCGUCUGGGAAAGCGGGAGGAGAUCGAGAGCGACACCAGCACUUAUUUCCUGAGCAAUGCCUUCAAGUACACGGAUCUGGACUCGGAUGCCCAGCUCAUUCAGACGGCCUACGCCCAGGACUAUGCCCGAGGUACCAGCAAGAGUCCGAACUGCUCGGGAUCCGGAUCGGGAUCCGCCCUGGAGUUCAACUUAAGCGCUGGCGAUUCGCUCAAUGACAUCAACAAUCUGCUCGGUGACGACGAGGACGACAACCAUGAGCACAUGCUGGACAACAUCCUGCAGGAGUGCGCCAUGGACGAUCCCAAGGCUCUCAACCAGGCCACCAGCUUCUGGAACGGCAUCCUGGACGGCGAGGCGGCUGUAGACGAGGUAGAGAUUGCCGAUCAGCUACUCGACUGCAUCGACGAAAAGAAGCCCAAGGUGGGCGGAGAGUCGUCUAAGCGCGCUGGGCGCACUCGCAAGCCGCGGCCAGCGAAUGUCCCUGUGGGGAGCUCGUCGUUUACGGUCUGUCCCACGCAGGAGUCACUCAAGGAUCGUGAGGUCUUCUUCAGCCAGGAAGUGGUGACGCCCAAAGAGGAGCCACAGCCAGAAGCAGCUACGGCUCCCGUUUCGGCCACGAUGACAACAACGCCAACGGCGACGGCAGACACCCUGGAUCCUGUGAAGGUGGAGCCAAUGGAGACACCUCAGCCGGAGGUGGCGAUACCACCACCAGUCCAGUUACAGCCCACGGCACCGCCACAGCCACUGUUGCAGUCGCAGUCGAUGCCACAGCAAAUUGUGGCGACUCCCACGCCUCAGCUCAUCAAUAUACCCGCCCAGAUAACACCCCAGAAGCCGCAGAUGUCGCAAAUUCAUUCGCAGGUGCAAACGCAGCAGCUGCAGCUCCCCUCACAGACACAGGCGCAGGUUCAAACGACGACCGGGCCUCAGGUGACGCAGUUGCUGAAUCAGUUCGCCAAUGCCAGUCCGCAGAUCAUUGCCAGGACGGAAUACGGCGGCGGAGCGGCCGUCGGGGACAUUGUGACCAUCACACCGCACACGGGUAGCAGUCCCCUGCCCACCCUCUCCGCCCAACAGCAGCUGCAGCACCAGUUGGCCCAAGCCCAGCUACGCAAUGUGACCGUUCAGCAGCGCCAGGGCACGCCCCAACAGGUGCAGCAGCAGCAGCAGCAACCCACCCAGCAACUGCUCUUCCAGAUGCAGCGGGACGGGAUCGGCUCGCCGGUAAUCACCACACAGAGCAUCGUCACCUCCUCGCGCUCCUUGACAUCCCUCAACGCAGCCGGCGCUGGCGCCGCUGGCAAUCAUAUGAUCUACACCACCGGCAGCGGCGAGAUUAUCACGGCAGCAACAGCUGCCGCCGCACAGAAGGUCACCUACGCCAUACAGAAGACAAGUGGCGGCGGCGGAGGAGCCACCACCACAUCGAUUGGACCCAAUACCGUGAUCACUCUGUCCAAUGUGAAGCUGCAGAGCGACGAUAACUGCUCCGCGGGUGGCGUCGGCUCCAGCUCCGGGUCAAGUGUGAACAUCAUCAACACGGCCAGUGGCCAGCAGUUGGCCGUGCACAGCAUAGCCGGGAUGCAGCAACACCAGCAGCAGCAGCAGCAGUGCACCACCACGACGCCUCUAAUUGUCACGACGCCCAACCGCAACAAUGUCCAGCAGCACUCGCAACAGCAGCUGGUGCAACAGCAGCCGAUUGUGUGGCGACAGGUGAGCGGAACAAACACGGCGGUGGCCACCACGGCGGUGCUCUCGACGACAGCGGACACUUCGCCAGCGGCGGUGGGCAACAAGAUACUCUGGACGAGUCGGGCCACCCAGAAGCGGCAGCUCAAUGGACCCGAGAACACAGACAUCAACAAGCUGCUGCUGAAUCGGAAGUUCUCACAGAGGAAGGUGAUUGGCCAGCAUCCGGGAGGACAGCAGCUGCAGCAGCAGGCGCAGCAACAGAUUCAGCUGACCAAGCAACAGCUGCAACAGUUGGUGCAGCACGAGGAUGAUCUGGUGACGGCCACGACGACGAUCAACAGCGGGGAUCAGAUGGACACUGGCGAGUCCCUGCAACAGCAGCAACACCACCAGCAUCAGCAGCUGCAGAAACUCAGCAAGGUGAUCAAGAUGUCGCCAUUCCCCCUGCUCGUCUCGGAUCUCAAUCUUCAGCAGCAACCGCAGCAACAGCAGCCUGGCCAGCACACGGGCCAGUCCCAGCAGCAGCAGCAACAGCUGAAGCCCAACUCGGCGGCAGCGAUAGCGGCCAACCACAACUACAGCCUGCAGCCGGCCACAGCCAUUAUCAGCUCGCAGGCGGCGCCCCAGCAGGCCAACAAGAUCUUCCUCACCAGCAGCAACAGUGGCGGCGGCGGCAACUUCACCAUUGCCACGGCCAGCGAACUGCAGGCGGCAGCUGCGGCGGUGGCGGCCAGCAAUGCCGGUGGCCAGAAGCUUCACUAUAAGGAGCUCACCAACUCCAAUCUCAAGCUGAACUUUGUGAGCAGCACGGGCGAGGCGCUGGCCAGCCAGACGCCCCAGCAGGUGGGCGCGACCACGGUGGUGCUGAACAAAGCCCAGCAGCAGCAGGUACACCACCAGAAGCUCAAGACGGUGGCCGCGGCCAAUGCCCAACAGGUGCAGCAGGGCGACAAGCGAGUCCUUUACACCAGCUUGCUCAACGUGAAGCCGCUGCAGAAGAACAACAGCGGCCAGAUGCAGAUGCAGCUAGGGCCCGGCGGACUGCAGCAGGUGCUGCGCGGCCGCCUCAACAAUUCGGCCAUCAUCACGAGAACCCUGCCCCUGGGCACCACCGUCAACAGCUCGGGCGGUGUCGGAGCCGGCGGAACACCCACCACCAUCAGACAACUGGUGACCACCAAUGCGAACAAUGUGGGCUCCUCGGACGGAGCUCUGCUCAACGCCAAGGAUGUGGGCAAGAGCCUCACCGUGGAGCAGGUGAUAGCCAGUGCCAACAAUGGCGGAGUGGUGAUGCCCACAAGCAACAACAAUAACAACAAUGGUGGUGGAUCAGGCGGCGGUGGCGGAGGUGGAAGCGGUGCAGGAGGAGUGAGUGGCGGUGUGACCGUGACGACAUCGAGCAAUGUUAACGUCCCCGGAGCCGGGGGAGCCGGAGUUACGUCCACCAUCAACAGAUGAGACGCGGAC